CUUUCUCUAACCUUUUAUUUUAUUUUAUUAAUUUAUUCUACAUUUCAUUAUAUAUUUAUUUGAUUAUCGGACUGGAUGAUUUACACUUCAAUCGGCCUUGUUCUAUUGUUCUGGGCUGGUGUAUUUUAUUGCAUUUUACCCCAAGAUUCUUUAAAGCGAGUACAAGAUCUCCCUAACUUGGCCACAGUUGUUUCAUCAUGGAGAGGAACCAACGACGUUUCGUCAGAUCAACGAAUUAUUCACUCUUCCCCUGCACCUGGACCUGCUUCUGCGCAUGGGCCUGGGCCAGCUCCAAUUACUAGACAGCAUGGAUACUUCUUGCACAUUACCGAUAUGCACGUUGAUGCCGAUUACCAGCCUGGUGCUACAGUCAAAUCCGCCUGUCACGAUAUGCCUAGCUUAGCGGCUGCCAAAUCCCAUCGCAAAAAACCGAAGAAUCAAAAAGUUUUGGUUGGUGGCCGAUUAGGCGCUCCUGGUGAACAUUGUGAUGCCCCGAUAGAGCUUGCCGAACGAACCAUCGACUGGCUUGUCAGAGAAUGGCGAGAUAAACUUGACUUUAUCGUUUGGACUGGUGACAACUCGAGACAUGACUGGGAUAAAAAAGACAUCCCACGAACCAGAAAGCAAGUUUACAAACUGAACCAACACAUGACAGAUGUUAUGAUUGACGCUUUCUGGCCCACUGUUCCUGUGGUCCCUGCCCUUGGUAACAACGAUGUUUAUCCUGCUAACAAGAUCGGCGAUGCCAAGAUUGACUCGAGCCUUCUGGCAUUCUACGAGAGACUCUGGCGACACUGGAUUCCCAAAGAACAACGUGACACAUUUAAAGACGGUGGUUAUUUUAGCAUUCAAGUCGCUCCCAAUCUCCGUAUCAUCUCUCUCAAUACACUCUUUUUCUCUUCUCGUAACAAGGCUGUCAAGCAUUGCAAGAAAGGUACUCCCGCUCAUCGUCACAUGGAGUGGCUUGACAAUGAACUCGCCGAAACCCGAAAAGAAGGAUCUAGAGCAUAUAUCAUUGGUCAUGUCCCUCCCUCUACCCGGGAUUACCGUAACACCUGUCUUGACGAAUACCUACGAAUUUCCUCAGUUUACUCGGAUAUAUUGCUUGGCCACUUUUACGGCCAUCUCAACAUGGAUCAUUUUCUCUUGUACGAUGGUCGCCCCGACCUAACCGAGGAGCUAAUUGUAACCAAUGUAACCGAGUCAGACGAGUCAGACGACAUGCUUCACACAAACCGUAACCUUGACAAAUACGUUAACUGGCUCAGAGAUAUGUACGAAUCUAUUGAGGCCAUUGAAUCCAAAAAGAAUAGCUCGGAACCCCCCCCUGCACAGGAUCCACAAGCACCUGUCGUUGUAGUUCAGAUUGCGCCCUCUGUCCUCCCAGCAUUCUUCCCAACCGUCCGUAUCUAUCGCUAUGAAACAAGCACUAACCCAAAUGAAGACACUCCUACCACCAAGCCGUAUGGUACACCACUUGGGUUUGACCAAUACUUUGCCAACAUUACACGCUGGGAAGAAGCCCAAGAAAAUGGCACAACUCCGUUGGAUUACCAACUGGAGUACACCACUGAGGACGCUUAUGGCCUCAGAGAUUUGACCGCAGAAAGCUACCUUGAACUUGUCAAGUCAAUGGUCAAAACAGACAAGGCUGGCGAUAAGCUGUGGACUACAUACAUUAACAACAUGUUUGUUCAGACAAUGAACGAUACCUACAACUAAAGCCCUUCGGAAAAAAUCACAUGCUCAUUUUAUUUGAUCUUCUUCUUUCCCUUUCCUCUCUUCCUCCUUUUCAUAUAUUUAUGCAUAUCAAUAGAUUCCUUCAUAUACAUACAAUUAUUUAUAUGAAUCUAUAAUAUAAUUUAUAUAUAUAUCAAAGAUAAUUUUUAUCAAUAUCAAUAUCAAUAUCAAAAAAUAAAAUAAUAAAAGGACUCUGUAGUUGUGAUAUUUUCAUUUC